AUGAACAGACAACGUAUUACUGUAUUCAAUGCUGGCGAAACACAUGACUCGGUGAUUAAGCACGUUGGUCCUAAGAACAUACAUUUAGAAUCCGCAGAUCCUUUUCUUGUUGAAGUAAAGACAACAUCCCCCCACAUUGAGACUCCUAAUCUCAUAGAGAGUAUAAGAAUUAGUUAUUCCAAUUCCAAACAGCUUCCUUCAAAUAAGUAUCCACCAUUAUUCCAAUACUUUUUUCAAAACGGUUGGAGUGUUUACUUCACGAUAUCAAGCACCACCACCAAUUCAGGUGCCAACAAGGAGCUAUUCUUUGAGCAAGCAGGACAAGUGUUAAAAAAGUACUUUGAUUUGCCACCUGAAACCAGUGAAUUGGGAAUUCAGGCUACUUCUUCCAUAUACUAUAGUUUCCUAGAAUUGGGCGACCCUAAAGAUGUUCUAGAGCGUAUUUCGGGACAAAAGUUAGACACUGGCAUAAAUGCACUCGAUAUAGUAAUUUCAAGCUCGGGUAAUACCGUUCUGAAAUUCGUAUACGAAACCAACAGUGUCGAGAUAGAGAGAAGCGACUUCGUAUACAAAGAGGUUGGGCUCUUCUUACUGGAAGAGCAAUUGACAGCUAGAGAUGAUAUUGUACUUUCCGGUAUAAGAGUUGUGUAUGACCCAGAAGACCAAAUCCCACCAGAUAAUGAUCUCAGCUCUAUUAUGUUUAAGACUCUAUUCCAUGUCAAACCACGUCACAGAUUAAUUGACACCAUUAAUUAUGAGACAUCAGUUAAACCUAAUGGUUUGCACCCUAUUCUUGUGACGAACUUCAACCACAAUGUUUCUCGAAUUUAUGAUGAAGACAUUGGUGAUUGCGAGACCUUUUAUUAUCUUAAUUUAGAAAAGUCUUUCUUUAUAGAUAAGUACCAACUCCCUGACAAUCAAGUUAAUGUUUUGGAUGGGGUGCUGGAAUUGGAAUUGCCUGCUUAUAAAGUUAAAACUUGGGGUACUGAAGUUCUUCUUCAACUAAAAGACCCCAAUUUUGGUGCAAUAGAAUUACAGCUUCAUUCAAGAUACCAAAAGCCUAAAGAAAAUGACCCACAGACUACGGUUUCUAUUAAUCAGCCAAUAAUCUUCCAAGCAUGUUCUAUUGGUAAAGUGGAUUCAAAUGCCGUUGGUAGUUCGCCAUUCGAUAAUCACAUAAAUAAGUUUGGAGGAAACUAUGAAGCAUUCUUCACUCCUGAUUCUGUUUUCUAUCAUUAUAAUGGCAGCGUUGAGCCGAUCUCCAUUGAUAUUCCUAAUGGGUCUUCUGACUUACAUUCAAUAAACUGGAAAACUUCUAUUGUUGUUCUUUUGGGUUUAAUUCUUGUGCUUAACAAGUUGAUUAAGAUGUUUAUUAUGAAGUACCAAGCAAGUCAUGAAAGUAAAAAGAAUGAUUAA